AGAACGUAGGAGACAGAUUUCUGCACAGAGAAAUGUCGUCCCAGCGAAUGUUUAUCGAGCACCUGCGUCGCGACCGCUUUGGAAUCGGCCAGUCCGGUCCCAAUCCUCUCGCUCUCAUGCUCCAGGAGACGAUCAGGCUCCUCUCGGCCGAGCUCUACCAGAAGGACAUCCAUUUCCUGUCCGAACUCCUCCAGAACGCUGAGGACAACACUUACCAUUCGUCCGUGGAGCCGAGCAUCGAAAUCUAUCUCACAAAGACCGACGUCACUGGCACUGGAGCAGCUGCCACGCUGCUGCUCUUGAACAACGAAGUUGGUUUCUCGGAAAAGAAUAUAGAGUCCUUGUGCGGCGCUGGUCAGUCCACAAAGAAAGGAAAGAAAUCUCAAGGAUACAUUGGCGAGAAAGGAAUUGGGUUUAAGAGCGUUUUUCUCGUCACCAAGCAGCCGUAUAUAAUCACCAAUGGCUUUCGUAUUCGUUUCGACGAAGAGCCCCACAACGAGGCCAAGCUCGGGUAUAUUGUCCCGGAAUGGGUCGACCGUCCUACAGACGCUGUGCUGCAGAAGGUCUGUAGCAAGACCGAGCUUCCUGCAACGGUGAUCAUCCUUCCCUUGCGUCAGGAAAAGAUUUCGGAGGUGGCAAAACAGCUUACUCAAAUCCCAGCGGAGACGCUCCUCUUCUUAUCGAAGAUACGCAUGCUCUCCAUCUACGAUCAGCAGUCGCGGCCUCCCACGGAACUGGUUCUCUCCAGAUCUGUGGAGAUGACAACGUCAAAGAAUGGAAGCGUGGAAACGAGCACAACUUUUCUGACAGCUAGUAACGGACGGAAUGGCACUCAGCACAGCAACUACUACAUGUUUAAGCAGACUUUGAAAGUACCUGAGGAGGCCAAGGUUGAAAAGCGAAAAGAUGUCGAUAGCUGGACGAUCACUCUAGCCUUUCCGGUGGAUGAUCGUAUCUCGAGCAGCUGCAGCAUUGGCGAUAUCUUCUCGUUCCUGCCUUCCGAUAUCCACUCGGGCCUGCCGUUUCUUAUCAACUCGGACUUUUUGCUCGUUUCCUCCCGUGAGACGCUCCUCUUUGACAGCCCCUGGAACCAGGGGAUCUUUCGCUGUGUUCCCGAGGUUUUCUACAACGCCUUCGAGCUUCUCCUCAACACCACGGCGUUUGGACUGCAGAGUAUACCGUCAGUAGCACGCAUGGCAAUGUACAAGUACGUACCUGUGACUGCUUGCCGCAACUCGUACCUCGAGAGAGUCCGCAACGAUAUCUUGUCCAAGCUGAAGGACAACAACGUCAUUCUUUGCGCCUCGGACGUCGGCCGUGCACCACCGAGCGGGCAGCUUUGCAAGCCUGCUCUUGCGAGAAAAAUCGCCCCCAGCUUCCGAGAGCUCCUCAAAGCCGCACCGAAGUGUCCCAGGUUCUUGCGAGGAAGUCCCUGGUUCUUGCGACGAAGUUCCUCGUACAUAGUGGACAGCACGCUGCAGGAGAACUACGGCUCGGUGCUGAGACUCCUGGGAGUCCCAGAUAUGAGCAACGAUGAAUAUCACCAAAGCCUCGACUCUGAAGACUGGAUGAGAUCGCUCCCCGACGAUGCAUAUGUCAAGCUGCUGGUGUUCCUGUCCUCCAAGUCGUCAACUUUGAGAUCCCUCAGGUUUCUCAAGUAUCGAGGCUCCGAUGGUCGACUCCAGUUGGCAAGCAUGGAUGAUCUCGCGCGAAACGAUGGCAGAUCCAUGUACUGGGAUUCUGGUCACAGAGCUACCGCUUGGCUCGCUGGUUGGACAGAGGUGUUUCAACGUUGGCUAACUUUCAACUUCGUUCCAUCGGCCUGCGCUGCAAAAAUCCGGCAGCACUCGGUGUUAGAGAACUGGUUGGAGAGAACCCCCUUCAGCGUGAGCGAACUGACAGCAUGCUCACUCGCUCGUCAGGUUCUUGGAGCAGUCACUGCGAACUCCUCAAAUGCAAAGCUUGCUGUUCUAGCGAUGCACUUCCUGUUCGACCUGUACAGAAACGACCGCAGCUCGUACACAUCCAUCAGCAACCAAAAGCGUAAUGAACCAAUCGUCGAGAAUGACGGAGCCGUGAGUCCCUAUGUUGCGAGUUAUGUUUCAACGCGUCCAUUGUUGCUACCGGCGGCUUGUGGAGCGAAGUGGCCGCUCUUGCUCCCGUCUGACGCGUGGAGACGCGGCGUUCGAAAAUUGUCAGAAGAGUAUAUGGAGUCAGCAACGAUCGAUCUCUCCGACUCCGACGUGCGAACCGAGUUUGUGAAUUUUCUGAAGGAGCAGUUCCUGGCUACGGACAUCCCCGCCUUUGAUCCGGUGGACGAGGCCCUUCCUCCGCAUUAUGUUGGUAACGUCGCAGCGAGCUCGUUGUUACUGAAGUGGAUUAAAUCCAGGCACUGCAAUGCACCCGCUUUCACUUCCAGUAUUAAGACUACCAAGUGGUUGAAGACGAGCCACGGAUACUGCUGCCCAACCGUUGCAUUCCUGCCGGUGCCUGAGCUGCUUAAAGUCUUGAAAGUCGAGGACGUUCCGUUCGUGGACAAGGACUGGAUGCCAUUGGAGGAGUAUAAGAACGAGUUCCGAAGCCUGGGAGUGGCUUGCGAGCCCGGCAUGGGAUAUGCAACUGUCCUCCGCUGUCUCGGCAAUAUGCAGAAGCUUCCUGCUCGGCAAGUCGACACGGCUAAAGUGGUCAGAUUUUAUCAGUACCUCUCCCGCUGCGCUGAACAAGAAUUAUGGAGGGACGUUGACGUGAUCUGGGUGCCGCAGAGCGAAGGCCGUGCAGCAACCUGGAAGAAAAAGGAAGAAUGCGUCAUUCACGACGUUGAGGGCUUGUUUGAAGAACUCGGUGUUGUACCUCUGGAUAGCUGCUACGAGCGGGUCAUGCAAGACAUCCUUCAGAAGAGGUUUGAUGUUUGUGAGAAGCCUUCGAUCAUCAAGUUCUGCGAGCUCUGGCAGAGGUGGUCGUCUAAAGGAAAAGAUGUCGAGGUACAAAAGGCUUACACAGUGUGGCGUGAGCUGGUGGAGGCGAAGCUAGUCUCGUCACGACCAACUUCGACGCCGUAUCUGAAAGUUUUCCGCGCGAGCAGCUGCGUUCCUUCAAUACCAGCCUGCGAAAAGAACGCAGCCACCGUGAAGCUUCUUCCGCCUGCAAAGACGGUCAUGGUUGAUCAGCUAGAGCUGGAACAUCUCUUUAGAAACACUAAUCCUCGUCCGUGGGUGGCGUGGUAUCCAGCCAGCCAGGAGAUCAACACGCAGGAGCUAUAUGAAGUCUAUUCCUGGCUGGGGGUCAAGACAAUCUCCGAAUGUGCUGAAUCGGAGACGGACACGAGCUGCAUGAGCCUCUCACUCGGAAGGAAACUGGUCUGGGACGAAGGAUACAUCCACCUGGGACUGUUUAGAGCAAUACUCGGGUAUCUGGCUCUAUCACUCUCCGUCAAGGAGCGACAAACCAUAGUGCAGGAACUGCUGCGUCUAAAGGAGGUGGAACUCGAAACGGGCCUGAAAGUUCACUGGACUCUUCGCGUUGGAGACACUACACGUCACGCGGUCUCGGAGAGGAUGCUCUACUGGAACAGGGAGAGGCAGGAACUAGCCUAUGUCGACGAGGGGCAAAGGAAGAAGAGGAACACAGAGUUUGGGACCGAGUUCGCGAGGAUCAUAGCGGAGGGUCUGCUUUUCCACCACCGGGACUUGAUUCCAGGCAUGGAGAGGCAUCUGAGCAUGCUGGCAUUCUCUAAGUUCGACGUCAUGGAGGUGGACAACAUGCUCAUCAAGCACAACAUGCGGCUCUAUAGCGAGGACGAGACGUUUCUAAAGACCGGGGUGAUUGUGGAUCCAUCUAAAGCUGACGCUGAGAAGAACUUACAUGGUGGUGAAGCAGUCGCAGAGAUGGAACCGUUUGUGCUACCGGAUGUUCCUGAAACGGAGGAAGAUCAGCUGGAGAGAGAUUCAAGAAUUUCCGAACGUCCAGCAGACUCGAGAUCCACCACCAUUGUCGUCGCUCCAAGUUCUUACUCUCCAGCUUUUGUCGCUGCUACUCCGAGACCACCACCUCUGGACAACCGGAAAUACCUCCUGGAGCAAGCUUUCCAAGUCUUAUCAUCGCUGGACGAGAUCAAAGACGAGGCGUGGACGAUGGAGCUGCCAGACGAGGUUUUUAACUCAGAGAAGAUCAGCGCGUGGCGAGAGACGUACCUUCCAACAGUUCGUCGCCUUUUGGACUAUCCACCCGAGGAAGGUUACCUCAAGCCCGGGAUGAGGACUGGCAUGUCUCUAGACAAGAUGCUCACAGCGGCAUUUCUCGACGCUGGAAACUUUCCGGGAGUGAAAGGAUCGAGCCACCAUCACUUGAGCGUCGUUGGAGCAGCGUGCCUCAACCUGUGCCUGGCGAUGGAGCUCGUCAAGCUAGAUGACAAUCACCACGGCGGAGUAAACGGCGCUUACAAGCUGACGAACACCUCCCUGCUCGCGGCGUGCUUCCAUGCCUGUGGGCUGGACGAAUCUGUGCUGCGCAGCUCGAAUUCGGCAGCCGUGAGCGACCUCGUGGGGGCGAGCGUCGCGAGAGCCCUACUGGCUGUGGGGUUUUGCGCCUACGACGAUGGAUUGGGAGAAGUGAGGCGGAUCUACCAGGAGGUGUUCCUCGCCGCCCUCGGCGAUGCUCUCGGCUGAAAUUUUCAUGCGAAAUAUGCUAGGCUCACCGAUUUUGUCCUAAAAACUCUCCCGCCCAAGUUUUCAAAUACUUUCUAGGAAUAUAGCCAGCAUAUUCGCUACUUUGAGCUAGGCAA